CUCCCUCCCUCCCUCCCUUUCCCUCCCCUGCCCGCCCGCCCCCGCCACAGCUCCUUUAAUACACUUUGGUUCUCCGCCUGGCUUUGGACUCUUCUUCUCCUCCUCCUCCUCCUCCUCUUCCUCCUCCUCUCUCCGGUUUUGCUCCACAACACAAGCAGCUCGAAGCUGCAGCUCCGGGCUGCGGGAGCAGCGGCUACAACGGCGCGGCGGCGGAGGCUAGCCGAGUAGCUGGGCUCGAAGGAGCCCACGGCUGCGGAGGCUGAAGCUGCCGCUGCCGCUGCCGCUGCCGCGGCUGCUGCAAUUCGAGGAGCCGCCACCGCCUAGAGCAGCCGGGAGCCGAGCGAGGAGAAGGAGCCGCCCCGGAGUUGCGCGAGCAACCGGAGCAGAUAUCAGCGCUUCCUCCGUGUAUAGCAGCCCGAAGCCGAGCGGGAGCCGCAGCCGGAGCGGAGCGGGCUGACCAUGCUGCUGGACGCGGGGCCGCAGUUCCCGGCUAUCGGGGUGGGCAGCUUCGCCCGGCACCAUCAUCAUUCGGCUGCCGCGGCAGCAGCGGCCGCGGAAAUGCAAGACCGCGAGCUAAGCCUGGCGGCGGCGCAAAACGGCUUCGUGGACUCGGCCGCCGCGCACAUGGGCGCCUUCAAGCUCAACCCCGGGGCCCACGAUCUGUCCCCUGGCCAGAGCUCGGCUUUUACCUCGCAAGGGCCCGGGGGUUACCCGGGUUCGGCCGCAGCCGCAGCCGCCGCAGCAGCCCUAGGGCCCCACGCCGCCCAUGUAGGCUCUUAUUCGGGAGCACCCUUUAACUCCACCCGGGACUUUCUGUUCCGCAGCCGAGGUUUUGGGGACUCGGCUCCGACCGGUGGGCAGCAUGGGCUAUUCGGGCCAGGGGCGGGAAGCCUGCACCACCCGCACACGGAUGCCCAAAGCCAUCUUCUGUUCCCAGGGAUCCAUGAGCAGCACGGUCCUCAUGGCUCUCAGAAUGUUCUGAACGGGCAGAUGCGGCUGGGGCUGCCGGGAGAGGUGUUCGGUCGCUCGGACCAGUACCGCCAAGUGUCCAGCCCCCGGACUGACCCCUACUCGGCGGCCCAGCUCCACAACCAAUACGGUCCCAUGAAUAUGAACAUGGGCAUGAACAUGGCAGCGGCCGCCGCCCACCACCACCACCACCACCACCACCCAGGUGCCUUUUUCCGCUACAUGAGGCAACAGUGCAUCAAACAGGAGCUCAUCUGCAAGUGGAUCGACCCGGAACAACUGAGCAAUCCCAAGAAGAGUUGCAACAAAACUUUCAGCACCAUGCACGAGCUAGUCACCCACGUCUCAGUGGAGCACGUCGGGGGCCCUGAGCAGAGUAACCACAUCUGUUUCUGGGAGGAGUGUCCUCGGGAGGGCAAGCCCUUCAAGGCCAAAUACAAACUGGUCAACCAUAUCCGUGUGCACACCGGAGAGAAGCCGUUUCCUUGCCCCUUUCCCGGCUGCGGGAAAGUUUUCGCACGCUCGGAAAAUCUGAAGAUACACAAAAGGACCCACACAGGAGAGAAGCCGUUCCAGUGUGAAUUCGAAGGCUGUGACAGACGCUUUGCCAACAGCAGCGAUCGGAAGAAGCACAUGCACGUCCAUACCUCGGAUAAGCCCUAUCUUUGUAAGAUGUGUGACAAAUCUUACACUCAUCCCAGCUCCCUGAGGAAGCACAUGAAGGUCCAUGAGUCCUCCCCACAGGGCUCCGAAUCCUCUCCUGCCGCCAGCUCCGGCUAUGAGUCCUCCACCCCACCCGGGCUAGUGUCCCCUAGUGCCGAGCCCCAGAGUACCACCAAUCUGUCUCCGGCUGCGGCAGCGGCGGCGGCGGCGGCGGCGGCGGCGGCGGCGGCAGCCGCUGCGGUGUCUGCGGUGCACAGGAGCGGCGGGACUGGAGGUGGUGGCGGUGGCGGAGGCAGCGGCGGGGGAGGCAGCGGGGGUGCCGGUGGCGGCAGUGGAGGGGGCGGUGGCAGCGGCAGCACCGGCGGGGGCGGUGGGACCGGCGGGGGUCACAGUGGCCUCUCCUCCAACUUCAACGAAUGGUACGUCUAAAGGAGGGGCCAAUCUCCUUUUCCAACCCCCACUCCCUUCAGUUUUUCCCCGAGUCCAACCAGCCCUCAUUCUCCACCCUUCUGCAGAGAAAGGGGAGAGAACAGUUAGUGAUAGUGGAUGUUCAAUUAUUUUUG